AUGCAGCAACCAAGUUCUCAUUAUUCUCUGGACCUGAGCAAAGAAAGGUACAUCAACGUGGCACUUCUAAAUGAGGAAACUGAGCUUUGUGAAGAUUUGUCUGGAAGCAGCAGCCCAGAAGAUGCCGUCUUCAGUCUCUGUGAAACACAGGAGAUAUCAGUUUGUAUGGAUGUCACUAUGCCCCCAGGUGACUGCAUCCACCCAAGAAGUUACAUGGAGUCCUCACUUUUCCUGAAGCUUCCCACAGAGGAGCACGAUGAGAACCACCAUGCACCUUUCCAGUUUGACCGGCAUGCUCUGGCCAGAAUUUCCACCUCUCCGACUUUAAGGCGUCUAAGGAUGGCCUCUGCCUCACAAACACUGUCAUUUCAGGACAGAGCUCUCACGAGCUCUGACACAGCUCAGCUGGGGAUUCAAAAGGAAUACACUGGCUCUCUGCAUCAUAUUUGCAAAAGUCCACCAAGGUGCACUAAAUCUUCCUCACUGUCUUUACCUUCCUGUGUCCAUGCAAAAUUACUGUCUUCCAAAGCAAAGACUGAAACAACCACAGCAGAUCCGGAGUCUGCUGACCCCAGAUCAAAGCUACCAAGCCAAAAAGAUCCUCUCAGCAAUGGGAGUCAAGAAGUGACACUUCAACACUUAUGGAAAACCAGCUCUGCUACUCUGCCUGUGAGACUUCCCCAUCCCAGCCCUAUGCAGCAGGAAGGUGUCCAGGAGUUUUUUAAGCUCAUUUCCUCACAUGCCGGUGAGGAGCACUUCAGAAGUUUCCUCUACCAUAAGGAGGGGAAAGCGAUUAAAUGUGCCGUGGUCGCAUCCCACAGAUCAGCUGAUCGCAGGCGCAGUUCUGUCGUGGUGAGUCUGCCCGGACUUGAGGUGUUCCCCGGAGACCUCCUCAUCUCGGAUGGUGCCAUGGACUAUCUGCCCCCUGCGGCCCUGCUGCUGAACACAGGUCAGACACAGGCUGGAGUGUGCCCAUCUCAGCCCCGUUAA